AAAGCUUGAUUGAGAGCUCACAUCACCGCUGAAGAUUCCGGGCAGGACGGCGCGUGUCAUUUAUAAAUUUACGAAACGUCACAAAACGUAUUUGUGUUUGAUUUUAUUAAAAGCGUGUGCGUAUGAGAUCGGUCUCGGACUGGUUUGCUAUUCAAUAACAGGGCGAAAAGGUGCGGGAAAUCACAAGAUUAUCUGCGCUUCAUGAUCUCCAGUAAAGCAUGAGGAUUGCAUAUUUUGCUUUGGAAAUGCAUCAGUUCUGUUGGUUUGCCUCGUGACUCUAGAAGCGACCGAGAGGAGAAGGACCGCGAAGCAGACAGCGGAUGAUUCGUGCCUCUGUCACCUCCCCUCGGCUCCUCUGAAGCGCGUAUAUGCACGGCUGGAUCCGGAGGAGCUGCACGGGGAGGCGCUGAAAUGAGAUGAGGCUCAGACAUGGAACUGUUGCCACUGCGAUUGUUUUCUUCACCUCGUUUCUCUCUCUGUCCUGGUACACGGCUUGGCAAAAUGGCAAAGAAAAGUUGGUAGCUUACCAGAGGGAGUUUCAUGCUCUGAGGGAGCGACUGCGUGUGGCGGAGCACCGAACCCUCCAGCGCUCAUCUGAGCUCAACAACAUCCUCGAACAGUUCAGACGCGCCAUCGCAGAGACCAAUGGCAGCAAAGAUGCUCUCUCCAAUUUCUCAGAUGAGACACAGAAGUUAUUGAAGGAGUUGGCUCAUAGGAAGCCUCUCCAGGUGCCGAAUAUCUACCACCACCUGCCUCACCUGCUCAACAAUGAGGGCAGCCUGCACCCCGCAGUACAGGUGGGCCAGGGGCGUACAGGAGUUUCCAUGGUGAUGGGCAUCCCGACGGUGAAGCGAAAAGUGAAGUCGUACCUGUCAGAAACUCUUCACUCUCUCAUCGAUAAACUCUCAGCGGAAGAGAAACUCGACUGUGUCAUCAUAGUUUUUGUGGGAGAGACGGACAUUGAUUACGUAAACAGUGUUGCUGCAGGCCUUGAGAAAGAGUUUUACACAGAACUAAAUUCUGGGUUGCUGGAGGUUAUUUCUCCCCCUGUCAGCUACUAUCCAGACUUCAGCAACCUGAAAGAGACUUUCGGCGACUCAAAGGAAAGGGUGAAAUGGCGGACCAAGCAGAACUUGGACUAUUCCUUUCUGAUGAUGUAUGCCGUCAACAAGGGAGUCUAUUAUGUCCAGUUAGAGGACGAUAUCGUUGCCAAGCCGAACUAUUUUGCCACAAUGAAAAACUUUGCUCUACAACUCUCCUCUGAGGACUGGAUGAUCCUCGAGUUUUCACAGCUGGGCUUCAUUGGAAAGAUGUUCCAAGCCCCGGAUCUAAAUCUCAUAGUGGAGUUUAUCUUCAUGUUUUAUAAGGAGAAGCCCAUUGACUGGCUGCUGGAUCACAUACUCUGGGUCAAAGUUUGCAACCCAGAAAAGGAUGCUAAACACUGUGAGAGACAGAAGUCUAGUUUGCGUAUUCGUUUCAGGCCGUCUUUAUUCCAGCAUGUUGGUUUGCAUUCCUCCCUGGCUGGGAAAAUCCAGAAGCUCACGGAUAAAGACUUCCUGAAACCACUACUCCAUAAGAUCCACGUGAACCCACCGGCUGAAGUUUCCACCUCUCUUAAAGUGUAUCAAGGCCACACGCUUGAGAAGACCUACAUGGGCGAGGACUUCUUCUGGGCCAUCAAUCCAAUGGCUGGAGACUACGUCCUGUUCAAGUUUGAUCGACCGGUUAACAUAGAAAGGUUCCUUUUUCGCAGUGGAAACCAGGAGCACCCUGGAGAUAAAAUCGAGAACACUACUGUCGAGAUCCUGCCCUUCACGGAUACUGAAGUGAAGACCAAAGAGAAACAUAAACGAACAGAGGACCGCUUUUAUAAAAUUGCUCAGUUUGAGAAGGGAGUGGCAGAAGGGACGCUUGAUUCUGCCUUCAAUCCUGUGGUGGCUGUACGUCUCUCCGUCCAGAAGGACUCUACUGUUUGGGCAAUACUUAGUGAGAUUCACAUCAAGAGGAUACCUGGGUAACUACCCCACACCAACUGAUGUCUUGAAUCGAUUAUGUAUGAGGCGAUGUGCUGUCCCACACACGUCUCUGCUGCUUUAAAGAAAAAGUGACAUUGCAUGGCAAGGAGCCAAUCUCUUAAAAUGAUCCUUACUUUAUUUUCCUUCCUUCUCAGACUGAAUUUUCCUCACUUUUCACCAUUUCGUCUUUCUCUGAUGACUUCAUCAUGUCUUUGCAGUUUUCAUUUUUUUCUACUUUCCGAUUUCUGUUGUGUAAAUGUGACUACUACUGUACAGAAAAAGACACUUUUUGAAUGGAUUGUUUCCAGACGUUUAAUCUGGAAUCAUGAAGAAUUGCAAUCAUUGCUGUCAAUAAGGAUUGUAGGCUCAACCAAUGCUGGAGAAAAUGUGAUGGAUCCUACUGAUGCGCGGCACUCGUGGACCAUAGGUGACCUCAGAUAACGGAAAACAGAAGUUUUUGCUUCUAAGAAGUAUUUUUGGUUUGUUGGUCUCUAAUGAUUAGUUUUUAGGUUUUAGGAUGUAGAUAUUUGGCAGCGUGUUAAAAACGUUUAGAAAAAUCUUGAAUUUUAUUGACUUGUUUCACAAGAUAAUUUCAAAAAAUUACAGGCAGCAUAUCUUAGACCUCUCCUGGUCAGCGAAAGUGGCUUUUCUUGGUGUCGGUUUAUCGUCAACCAGUAAAACACUCUGAAGGUUUUUAUUGCUGUUGUUAAUAUUAUGACGAUCUGUGAAGGUGAAUUAAUUUAUUUAAAAUAAAUCUUUAACAAGAGGUAAAUCAUUUUAUUUUAUAUUCAUCGGAAAUGUAUGACGUGACAGAAUUUAUUGCUUUGGGUGAUUGUGGCUUAACUUCAUGUUAGUAUCUUUGUAUAAUUCUGAAGGGUGCAGGGCCGCCCACCUCUGUGCCUUAUCGUCCAGCGUUCCCAAAAUUAAGGGAUCUGGAAAAGGACUGCCUUGCGCCCUUUGUCAAAAUGCUUAAACCAUACAAUAGAUCUUUUGUUAUGUGUUUGCUUAACUGAAGCGUUGAAGUUUAGAGCAUGGCAUGUUCAUAUUUAUUUUCCAGAGGACUUCAUGCUGUGCCCUACGUUUGGGUAUUUUUCAUUUAAUAUAUCAUCUUGUCAGAUAGAAAAGGUUUUCCUGCCUAUGGCCAUAUUUGACGCUGUAUCAUACACAUGAGUAUUUGUAAUAAGUUCGAUGGGUGGGCAUAUGAGCAGGCUCGGACAAAAUCUGCACUGAUUUGGGGAGAAGUCUGUGAAAAUAGAUGUCUGUAAUGUGGGUAAACAGUUUUAAACAGAGUUGACAGUACUUCUUUCUUAUAGGUAGCUCAGCUGAAAACACCAUUCAUUAGAGUUAGUCAAAAUAUUUUAAAACAAGCAUUGAAAGGAGCGUGUGUACAACUAUAUGACCGACUGGCAUUUUAAUACUGCAGAGCUUUCUGUAAAGUCCCGUUGCCACAGAUUAACCGUUUCUGGUCAUGAGCAAAAUUUUACCAGAACCAUAGAUUUAUAGUGGUGAUAAAAGGAAAAUGAACACUUCAGCAAAUCAUUUUUUGCAAUAUUAGCUUCAUCAACAGAAUCAGGUUGUAUUGUUUUAUAUUGUAACACUAUGGGUCUGAUUUAUUUUGCAUGUAGUUACUGGCUAUGAGAAAUGAUGGUGUUGGAACUACUGUACAAAGUUUUCAAAGUGCUGUCAUCUCAUGUGAUUGUAUAUAUCUUUAAUAUGAUGAUUGGUAAUAAAGUUUUAGUUUUGUCCUCCCCUUUA